AUGGUCGAUCUCAAUCGAGGAUCAAGUCUCGUGUUUCGGGAACAGGUUAAAAAAAAACCAUCCAAGUGUGACAAACACGACAAACGUUACCGACAGAUCGCCGAGGAACUGUUUGAAAAUUCAUGCUGCGCGUACCAGAAAAGAGCGUCGGUUCAGCAGAAGUCGUAUCGUAAAAAUUGUUCUUGGUCAGUGCGCGUCGUAGAAAUGAAAACCGAUAGACCGCCCUGCGUGUCCGAAAGUCGAAAAAUUAGAAAACCUCUGAUGGAAAAGAAACGUCGCGCAAGAAUUAACGACAGUUUGGAAACGCUCAAGCAAAUGUUGCUCGAAUCCAAGACGACGAUAAAGGAGUCCAGGGGAAAAAACGGACAUCGUACCGCAAAAAUGGAGAAAGCCGAUAUUUUAGAGAUGACCGUGAGUUACGUCCAAAAUUUACACCGUAAGUUGAACAAGUUGGAACACCAAUCGCAAAGGGAUUCCCCAACGACUAACGUCUGCAUACGUCCUGCCGAUAGUUCCAGUGAUUGCAAAAAAGUGGGGGUCGCCUUGUACCCCACGAAGUUGAAAGGCGGUGAUAUAGUUUUCCUAGUUCCUUCCCACUUCGCGUCUCCAAAACUGACCUCCGAAGAAAGCGGUGAUAAGGACGGAACGGUCUGGCGCCCUUGGAAAGUGUUCCCUGAGAUUUAUACUGAGCCAGUGUUAACUGAAGAAAUUAACCAAAAUGUAGCUCAAUGUUUUAUCCACGACGAUAGCAGUGUUAAAGAACGCGACGAUAGUGUUAUUGAGGUGCUAUUUGCAAUUUUAAUUCUACAUAGUCGCUGA